CUACUGCGACGACCAGCCUUAUCCAGGCUUCUUCGCUGACGUGGAGACGAGAUGCCAGGCGUGGCAUUAUUGCGACAUAGACGGCCGUCAGGCAACGUUCCUCUGCCCGAACGGCACGCAGUUCAGCCAGGCAGUGUUCGUCUGCGACUGGUGGUUCAACGUGAGGUGCGAGCUCAGUCCUAAAUUGUACGCCAUCAACAGCCGACUCUACGGUAGGCCCACCGAGAGCCCGACCAGACCCCAUCGUCUCAUCACCAAGGAGCUCCUCGAGAAUAUUUUCGUCAGGCGGAAAUGA